AUGGAUCCCCUUGGGAAGCGAGAACGAGGGUUUGGGUCCUAUCCCGCAAGCGUCGGCCGGACGUUUGUCACUCAUGGGUUUGAGCAUUUCCUAUUCAAGACGCCCACUGGGUGCUGCCCACCAUAUGCCUGCCAGUGUCGUUUUCUCCCGCCCUCAUUGACUGCGGCCCUGCAGUCGGGCAUCGCCAAGCGACGGCAGCAAGGCCAAUACUUUGAAAUGAGCCCUCCUGCCACUGAAAUGGGCAUGAUUGACUUCGGGUCCAACGACACGCUAGGCCUCCGGUCCAGCCCCUCCAUGCACGAAACCUUCCACAGAGAAUUGAAAAGGAGCCCUGAAUUCGUUAUCGGAGCUGGCGCGAGCCGAUGCCUCGGUGGUUCCACCAACGACGUCACGAAACUGGAGAGACUGCUAGCCGACUUCCACCACGGCAAAGAGGCCGUGUUCUUCAACUCCGGAUACGAGGCCAACGUUGGCAUAUAUAGCACCUUGCUUCAACCGGGAGAUGCCGUUAUCCACGAUACCAUGGCCCACGCGAGCAUCCGCGAUGGGAUCCGUUACGGCCGUGCGUCUAUCGUGAAAGCUUUUGCACAUAAUAAUCCCCAGUCGCUAGACGAUGUGCUUGAAAAGGUUAAGCUUGGCUCGGCCGAUAUUAGCUGCGGGAGAAGAACGGUAUUCAUUGCUUUGGAGUCGUUUUACAGUAUGGAAGGCGAUAUCUCGCCUAUCCCGGAGAUUCUUUCGCAUGUCAGAAGUGCUCUACCGGCUGGCAAUGGCGUGCUCGUAGUUGAUGAGGCUCACACAACGGGCAUUGUUGGACCCAACGGCUCAGGAUACAUUUCACUUGGGACUGGAGAAGGAACCCAUCAUUUCAAUGCAGAGCUUUGGCAAGGCCCCGGUGCCCUGGGUGGUGUGGGCAUUUGCGAUCCUUUGAUCAAAGAAUACAUGGCCAACUUCGCACGAGGCCUGAUGUACUCGACCGGGCCUUCCUUCCCCACAAUCGCCGCCAUCGGAGCUUCGAUUGCCACCCUCAGCAGCGCAGACGGGGAGCAGCGCCGCCAGAGGCUCCGCGCAAACAUCAAAAUCUUCCCCCAGCUCAUCCUCAUGCAUCCAUGGCGGCAGGCUCUAUCAAACUCUGGGGUUCUAAAGUUCCCCUCCAUUGAGAAGACGAAGAACGUUGAGGUGUUCGUGGCCAUCAUCCCCAUCAUCACGGAGCAAGGACAAUGCCACAAAUUACAGCAGAGACUGCAGGAAUACAGCUUCCGCACCCAUGCAGUCCGAUAUCCCGCCGUCCCAAAGGAGGAGGAGCGUGUCCGCUUGAUGCUGCACGCGGAUAACCAACCGGACGAGAUCAGAGGCUUUGUGCGUGUGUUGAGGGAAUGGGGCUGGGAAAUGAUGCAGGUUGGGGCCAAGCCGGAGUCUCGACUGUAAUUGGGCAGGACAGAUGGCUCGUGUACAAAUGUUGGUUCGGGAUGGUAGGUUAUUACGCUCCUUUGUAUAGUGCACAGAUCACACAACAUCACUGUACAUAGUCACUGCUGCUCAACACAAGCGAUGAGACUCAGCGUCAGGACGGGUCAAGUUCUCAUCUUUGGGGACCAUGUCGAUAAUGUCCCCAAUGGAUCAAUUCCGGCAGAUGCUCUUUCUAAGCCACAUGAGAUGUUUCCAGAACGCAAGGCGAGCCGAGGAGAAGGGCAGAUCGUUCACAAAUCGUUCGAAUCAUCAAUAGCCGUAAUCGUGGCAAGGGAGCGGACAGGUCAGACUCAGCCUGUAUUCGUCCCUUUUCCCUUUACUUUCUGUGUUCUGUUUCUCGCUAAUCGCUAUUUAAUUGGUUAUUGUCUUCCAAGUCGUUAGAAAGGGAUAUCGCCAAGAACUAUGCAGCAUUAAUGUUUGAU